GGUUCCUUGGGAUGCAUGGCUGGCCUGUUAGUCACUGGGCCUUCAGCAGGCACCAUAAACAGAGGCUGCUUGGCCCACAGUGGAGAGCAGGGGAAAGGUGCUGGGUUGGGUCCACACCGCCUGUGCGGGCAGGCAUGUGACACCCCGCCUCCCCCGCUCUCUGGCCGCCUGCCUGGGCCAGCCAGGCCCACACCCUCCCCAGACCCUAUAAGGCUUGGGAAUUGGGCGCCCAGACGCUGCCAGCAGCGGUCCUGCUCUGAGGGACCCUUUACCCUGACUGGUCCAGGUGAGUCGAACUGCUGUGUCACCCAGAGUCUGCCACCUCCAGCCCCGCAGGCUGCCAUCAUGUCAGCUUCAGGAGAUGGGACCAGGGGUCCCCCCAAAUCCAAAGGCAAGACCCUGAGCAGUUUCUUUGGGUCCCUGCCUGGCUUCAGCUCUGCCCGGAACCUGGUGUCCCACACUCACAGCUCCACCUCCACAAAGGACUUACAAACAGCAACAGACCCCUCGGAGGCUCCUGCCCCUUCAUCUAAAGUGUCCACCAACUCACAGAUGGCAGGGGAUGCAGCAGGGCUGCUCCAACCUUCUGAACAGAAAGCUGGAGACAAGGACAUGGGAAGUUUCAGUGUGACCAGCAGUGAAGAUGCCUUCUCCUCUGGGGUGUUUGGCAUCAUGGAUGCUGCAAAAGGAAUGGUCCAGGGUGGAUUGGGUGCUACCCAGUCGGCCCUUGUCGGCACUAAGGAGGCAGUGUCUGGAGGUGUCAUGGGAGCAGUGGGUGUGGCCAAAGGUCUUGUCAAGGGAAGUCUUGACACUUCAAAGAAUGUCCUCACCAAUACGAAGGACACAGUUACCACAGGACUCAUGGGAGCUGCAAACAUGGCCAAAGGGACAGUACAGACAGGCCUGGAUACCACCAAGUCAGUGGUCAUGGGCACUAAGGACACGGUGACCACAGGACUCACAGGGGCUGUGAAUGUGGCUAAAGGGGCUGCCCAAGGAGGCCUGGACACUACCAAGUCUGUGGUCAUGGGCACGAAGGACACGGUGACCACAGGACUCACAGGUGCCAUUAAUGUUGCCAAAGGGGCUGCCCAAGGAGGUCUGGAUACCACCAAGUCUGUGCUCUUAAGUACCAAGGACACCUUGACCACGGGGCUCACAGGGGCAGCAAAUGUGGCCAAAGGGACAGUGCAAAUGGGUCUGGAUACAAGCAAGAGCAUGCUGAUGGACACAAAGGACUCUGUACGUGCUGGGGCCACAGGAGCCAUUAAUGUAGUCAAAGGGGCUGCUCAAGGAGGCCUGAAUACUUCGAAUGCAGCACUCAUAGGCACAAUGGACACAGCCAGAGGAACAGUGCAAACAAGCCUGGACAUCAGCAAGCAUAUGCUUACAGGCAUGAAGGACACUGUCUGUGCUGGGGUUACCAGUGCCAUGAACAUGGCUAAAGGUAUUCAUAAGAACACAGACACCACCAGAGACACCCAGUCUUCUGUGCUGGCUCAAUCAGGUAAUGUAGCCACCAAUGCCAUCCACACAGGUGUUCACACAGUUCCAAGUUCACUUUCUGGCUCUCAUUCCAUCAUAUGUCAUGAGCCUAGCAGUUACAGUGUCACUAACCAUGGGGUAGGACAAGCCAUCCUGACUUCUACAGAGUCCCUGUGCUGUGAGACAAGCAGCUUCUCAGACACAUAUGGCUUGGGGCAUGUCACAGAGCCCAGAGCUGACACCAAAACCCCUGUGACUGGUAUGGCUUCAUCUGCCCGCGCAGCUACCAGGUCAGUGGAGGAGUGUGGUCAGCUGGCUGCCACAGGCUUUGCUGCACUUCGUGAUGAGUUAAAAGGGCUGGGUGAUAUCUUUCAGCCCAUGACAACCGAGGAACAAGCUCAGCUGGCGGUCUCAGAGUCAGGGCCCCGAGUACUCUCUGCUGACCGGGGAAGCUACUACAUCCGUCUGGGUGACCUGGCCCCUAGCUUCCGCCAGCGGGCCUUUGAACAUGCCCUGAGCCACAUACAGCACAGCCAGUUCCAAGCCAGGGCCGCACUAGCCCAGCUCCAGGAGGCCUUCCAGAUGACAGACAUGACCAUGGAGGCUGCAUGUGGGAAGCUGUGCAGUGACCAGAGCUUGAGCACCAUGGUGGAGGCUGUUGGUAGCCAUGAGAUGCGGGCUUCCGUGGCUCAGGACAGGCUGUGCACCCUUGCCCAUCAGCUCCAUGCAGCUUACAGCAGCCUGGCAACCAGCCUGCAGGGCCUGCCAGAGGUGCAGCAGCAGGCAGGGCAGGCACGACACAGCCUCUGCAAGCUGUAUGGCCUUGUGUCUUCGGAGACAGGUAGUGAGCUGCAGACAGAGCAGCUGGCCCAGAGCAGUGCUGGUGUUGUUGAGGCCUGGCAGGGCCUGGAGGUGCUGCUCGAGAAGCUGCAGCAGAACCCUCCACUCAGCUGGCUGGUUGGACCCUUCACCUCGAUGCCUUGUGGCCAGCUGUAGGCACCCGAGGGCUGGGCAGGUGGGGUGCCCAGGGACCAUGCUGUGACCACAGCUGGCUGUACUUCCCCAAAGCUCUGGAUUGAACAGGAGCAGAAGAUCCUCGGAAAGUGAAUUUGAAACCAGCCACAGCUCCUGCUUUUUCUAAGAACCAAUGAUCCCUUCCCUCCAAACUAGCCACCAAGUCUGUUCAGAUACAGGCCACACAGACCCCCACACAGAGUAAAGAAGCACCACGCAUCCCCACUGGCCAGCUUUCUAUCCUUGGGGCUCUGACCGUCUUUCCAGGGCCCAUAGCUCUCCUCUAUGAGUGAUGCCACUCCAACCCAGGCCCCACUCUGGGCAGCACAACCACAGAUCUUAGCUAAUGACUAGACAGUUCAUAUCCUUGUUCCCCGGGACUAGAAUGCACAGCCAUGCUGAUGCAGGCUCCUACAGCCGCUUCUGAUACUUAGUAGGGAGAAAUGCUGCACAAAACUACACAAUUACAUUCCAGGCUGCUAUGGGCCUGACUCAGGCCUGCUCUGCUGAGAAAACGAGAGUCAUAUAUAUAUCACUGCAUGGAGACAGGGUUGAUCUUACAGGCCCAGCACUGCUGAGUAGCUGCGGCCUGUAUAGGAACAUGGCCUGCAGCCUAGGGUUGAAGACUGUACUGAAUGGGGAUAUGGGCAGGUGAUGGCUCAUCUCCCUUGCCCCAUGCACCCAAGAUACAAGCAAACAAGAUGCUGGGGCACAAGGCACUGGCUCACCGCCAGGCCAAGGCCAUAGCCCAGCCCUUCCUGAACCCCAGCAGUACUAGUGACCCCAAUCUUCCAGCUCCUUUAUCUGCACUCUUGGAAAAUAACAAUGUCCACAAGCUUUAGGGCUGGGCCAGCUGUGGCCAAGGAAUGCCAUGAUAGAGACCCCAAGGAGCCUUUCCUAUUCCUUCUGCCAUGUCAGCAUCAGGGUGACACUAGACCCAGCCACUGGCAAACACUGGGCUCAGAGCCUACAGCUAAGCUUUCCAACAGAUGGCAUGAGCCUCAUUACAUCAUGCCAAGUUAUUGGUGGCUAUUGAGGCAGGUGGAUACACCCAGGAGGCAUGUACCCAACUCGUGAGCCCACUGGGAACACAGAAGAGUGGGGAAGCCCCUGCUCAAAGCUACAGUGAGAGGGGGCUGGGAUGGUGUGGACUGCAACACUCCAGCCUAGAGGCCGAGCUGCCCCAGAGGCACUUUGCUGGUCCCACCUGGGGGUCCCUGCACAGCUGGUGAUGGAUUUCUGUUGGGCUGUCUUUAGUAUCUGCUUCACUCAAGCUGGUAGAACAGGCUACUCGCUGCACUAAGAGUUCUGCCGGCCUAUGGGUAUGAGACCUGCCCUGAAUCAGGUCUGGCUCUCUAUACUGCUCAUGGUAGCCAGCACCUAAGCCAAUAAAAGCUGUUUCUUUUUCAUUA